AUUUGAUGUUGACUGAAACGAUUGGUUGGCACACGCUGAAUGAAACGGCAAGCGGUACAAAUAUGGGGAAGGUGAGACCUGCAUCUUUGUCAUUUGAGACCACGUUUUGGUUUUUGUACCGAGAAGGUUGUUGCACAGGGAAGUUUGAAAAUCAGAAGAAUAAGUUGAGCUGUGAAAUGGCCAGACUUCAGAACCUUCUUUGCAUCUUUUGCCUGGUAGGGCUUUCUGCCACCCAGGACAUGCCUUAUGAAGAACUUGUCGCCCAGAUUAAAGCCUGCCCCAAGGAAUGCCGCUGCCCCCCAAAUUUUGCUCGGGCUGUCUACUGUGACAAUAAAGGCCUGAAGAAUCUCCCCAAAAUCCCUCCGUACACGUGGUACCUCUACCUACAGAACAAUCUAAUCGAAACCCUGUCAUCGGAUGCUCUGCAAAAUGCAACUCAGCUGCGUUGGAUCAAUCUGAACCGCAACAGAAUCACAAGCGAAGGGGUGGGAGAUGGUCUCCUGAGCUCAAUGACAAACCUGGCUCACCUGUAUAUGGAUGACAACCUGUUGUCUUCAGUUCCAUCUCCCCUGCCAGCGAGCCUGGAGCACCUCCGUCUGUCCCGCAAUCGGAUCUCCAAGAUCCCAGCCGGUGUCUUUGUUGGCCUGGAGAAGCUUAGCCUCCUGGACCUCCAAGGGAAUAAACUGAUGGACGAUGCAGUGACGGAGGUCAGUCUCAAAGGUCUCAGCAACCUGGUUCAAAUCAAUUUGGCCAAGAACCAGCUUAGUAAAAUGCCUCUUGGAUUACCACCCAGCACCACCCAGCUUUAUCUUGAUGGCAACAACAUUGACAAAAUCCCAGCAGGCUAUUUUAAGGGUCUACCCAAGGUGGCAUUUCUGAGGCUCAACAACAACAAACUUGGUAGUGGUGGAGUCCCCAAAGAUGUGUUCAAUCGCUCAAGCAUUCUGGACUUGCAGCUAUCUUAUAAUCAGCUGACAGAAGUUCCCCUCAUUCCCUCCGGCCUUGAGCACCUACACCUCGACCACAACAAGAUAACAAACGUCAAUGGCUCCAACAUCUGUCCUGUUCCCGUUGAUGCAGUGGAUGACUCGCUCAAUGAAAGCGCACCUCAGCUGCGUUACCUGCGACUGGAUGGCAACGAGAUUAACCCUCCAAUUCCCAGGGACGUCAUCACAUGCUUUCGUUUUCUCAGGUCUAUUGUUAUUUGAACGAGUGACUUACUUGUUAAAAACAAUAACUCGGACACACAUCUGGUAAACGAUUCAGGUUUGUCUGGAAACAAAUCCUUUAGAGCGGGGUCGGGUUGAAUGAAAAUAAGUAAUUACACUGAAUGUUUUGAUUGUGGCAAUUUGUUGGCUGUUGUUUGUGCCUUAUGUGGAUGUAAAAAUCUGCAUGUGGAGGUCCUACACCGCAAUUUAUUCACAUAUAUCAAAACGACAUUGAAAUCACAAUGACAUGUAUUUUUGGGUUGUGAAUAGAUAUAAAAACUCAAUGUUGUUUUUGAGUUUGAGAGAGCCAAAGCUUUUUUAGUGCAUAGAAAAUAAUUUGUGUGUUUUCUUUGACUUCUUUAUACUUGUAGGCUUGAAUUCAAACCAUUGGUGUUGUAUGUUUUAGGUUUAUGUUCUUGUUUACUUACAGAUUUUUUUCUCAAAUAUUCAUAUAUACUGUAAGUAAUUUAUUCAUAUUUAACAGUGGUAGAAAAAAGUUGAAUCCUGUGAACAUUCAUGGCCAACAUUCCUUAAUAUUUUGUAUACAAAAUGUGAAUUGUUUUUAAAA